AUGUCACAGCCGGAUCCCUAUUCGGCCUUUCAACCCCCUGGCGUUCGGCAAAUCGACGCCGAGGAGCUCAAAACGGAGCUUGAUGGUCUCUCACCACGGAUCUUUGCAGCAUGGAACCAGCUGCAAGACAUUGUGAAGCGGCAUGAAGCGACGAUUCAAAACCGCUGGUCGCGCAAAUCCAAGUCGAAACGCAAGGCUCUCCUCCUCGAAGUGCUGCCGACGAUUCCGAAGGACCAUCUCCCUGAUGUGGAGGCCUGGAAGAAGAAGCCCAAGAGCGUCAUCGUUGACAAGGAGAAUUCCGAUGCUUAUUUAAUGCCAUAUAUCAACCUUGAAGACUUGUCGAAGACGGAGCCGCUGCUGAUCAUGCUCAACGCUAGGGCUAGGAAUGGGCCUGAUGAGUUCGCCCACUCGGAUGUGGCGGCCUACCGCACCGGCUUGGUCACGCAGAGCAUCGACCGACCUUUCUUGAACCUGUACGUCAUGAUGUUCAGAGGGAGGAAGACGCCAGAGACGUAUGGAGAACUGUACCACUUUGACGACCAUGAGGAUGCCUCAGACUGGGCGUUCGAAGCAAGAGGCCUCACGCCUGGCGAUGGCCUCAAUUGUCUCAAGAUUCAGGCUAAGCUCUACGAAUUUCUGCAGGACUUCUGUCUCAAGCUCCUUCACGACAUACCUGAAGGCGACCUGAUCGGACCCAGUUACCCUGUAGUGGACGAGCCUCCACCAGUCUCUGCCAACAGUGCCGAGGCGGGAACCACAUCACUGUCCAUCACGUCGCUCGAGUCAGCGUACCGCCUGCCAGCUCGCAUAGACCUCGAUCGCCUAGAAGCCGUCGUGAUAGCACAGGUUGCCGAGCUCGAGGAUGAACUGUGGGCACUGCGUGAGGAUCCCGAGGCUUUUGCCAACACAAUCCUCGAGACCAAGGAGCAUCGCCAAGAGAUGCUUCUCGACACCAACGGCAAGCCGCAUCCAAUUCAUGAACCAUCACGCAUCCACAUAUUGUGGGAGCGUGUCAUCACCAGUGUCAUCGUGGACAAGACCGUUUCUCUUGGUCUGUGGCACAUUGUGUUGGAAAAGGUGCACACGCUGCGCCGCGCUCUGGAUGCGCACAAGAACCAGAUUGACCCUGCAGAGGAUCUGCCUGAGAAGUUGGCGAUGGCGUUCUACGAGCUCUUCUCUAUCCUCGAGAGGAUGGAAGCUGGCCCAGUGACAACUCUCAAGAUUUCUUUUCCGGGUUCUCCACCGAUGCGCAGCCUUUUCCAGAGAGAACCAGCGCCUAAUGCAUACACGCCCAUGAUCAACACCGUGUCGAAGCCGGACGGGGCCAACAAAAUCGAGCAAGAGUUCAUUUACAUCAUGGACAUGAUGUGGGACAACCAGAAGCGUCACCUGUUGACGACUAAAGGUCUGCUGGACAUGUUGAACAGCCUGCUCCAGAAGGAGCCCUCGGCCAAUGCGCUUUUGACGCCCUACAUCCAGGAACAGCUGGGUCACUUUGCCCUCAUUACAGAGUGUCUCCGCCAGCUUCAGCUCUUCCAGCCCUGGGCUGACACGUUUGAGCAAAAGAUCAACGAGUCCAAGGACCAAAUCAACAAGGACUUUUCCGUCAAGACACAAUGGAUGACUGCCAUCAGCCAGAUGAGCCUCGGCACAGCUUUUGUUCAUUUCGGCGUCCCGACAGACGGGCGAUUCCGUUACCCGGCUGCAAAGGCCAAGACGAAGGACAACAUUGAGGCAAUGCGAUCCGCCGAGGCUUCGCUCGAUGCGUUCUGGUCCUCGUUCCUGCAGACGUACCAGCACACGCUGAGCCCUCGCAUCCGUGACAUUCUCAUCCACAGGGAGCGUCAGCGCACGAAACCCUGGGCCGAGCCCAUCAAAAGCACCCCCUCGGCCAAGGGACGCGACGCCCAGCUCGCGGCCUCGGUCGGCAGCCUGCAUAUCAAGGAGCAGCAAGUCUCGUCCGCGCCCGCCAAGACGAAGACCAAGACACGGGGCGCCUCCGCGCCAGAGAAAGCCGACGCGCAGCCCGUCGCGCCCGCACCGCGCAGCGAUGCCGCGCAGAAAAAGAUCCAGGUCGACAAGCGCGCCCUCAAGGUCUUCAACGCGCUCUUCUUCUCGAGCGACCCGAACCAGCAGGCCAGCGAGACCAAUUGGAGUGAUUUCCUGUACGCCAUGACGAAGACUGGGUUCGCGGCGGAGAAGAUUUACGGGUCUGUCUGGCAGUUUACGCCGACUGGCCGCGAGAGUAAGAAGCCUCUGCAGCUUCACGAGCCGCACCCUUCGAGCAAGAUUCCGUUUUGGUUGGGGAGGAGGAUUGGCCGCCGGCUGAACAGGACGUAUGGAUGGGACCGGGCCAUGUUUUCAGCGUAG